GCUACUUCCGGUGCGGCCAAGGAUCCGCGGACGUCUUCCGGGUUUGGGCCUGGCUGUGGUAGAGGUGGCAGCACCUAAGGCGGUAGAGGCGGAGGAGAGGUGGGACGCAGCUUGUGGGAACUGGGUUACCGGCAUGGAAGUAUCGGGGCAGGAGACCGAUUGGCGGAGCGCUGCCUUCCGGCAGAAGCUGGUUAGUCAAAUUGAGGAUGCCAAGAGGAAAGCUGGUGUGGACCACAGUGUAUCUAGCAAGGAAAUGGAGAACCAUGUAUUCCUGAAGGCCAAGACCCGAGACGAAUACCUUUCCCUCGUGGCCAGGCUCAUUAUCCAUUUUCGAGAUAUUCAAAACAAGAAAUCUCAAGCUUCUGUCAGUGACCCUAUGAAUGCCCUGCAGAGCCUGACUGGAGGACCUGGUACAGGAGCAGCCGGAAUCAGCAUGCCUCCUCGGGGCCCAGGACAGUCCCUGGGUGGGAUGAGUAGCCUUGGUGCCAUGGGGCAGUCAAUGGCACUCUCAGGGCAGCCGCCACCUGGGACCUCAGGGAUGGCCCCUCAUGGAAUGGCUGUGGUGUCUACAGCACCUCCUCAGACUCAGCUCCAGCUCCAGCAGGUGGCACUGCAGCAGCAGCAGCAACAGCAGCAACAACAGCAAUUCCAACAGCAGCAGGCUGCUCUACAGCAGCAGCAACAGCAACAGCAAUUCCAAGCGCAGCAGAGUGCCAUGCAGCAACAGUUCCAGGCAGUGGUACAGCAACAGCAACAGCUCCAGCAGCAGCAGCAACAGCAGCAGCACCUGAUUAAGUUGCACCAUCAAAACCAGCAACAGAUACAGCAGCAGCAGCAGCAGCUACAGAGAAUGGCACAGCUGCAAUUACAACAGCAACAGCAGCAGCAACAGCAGCAGGCUUUGCAGGCCCAGCCACCAAUACAGCAGCCACCAAUGCAGCAACCACAGCCUCCCCCCUCCCAGGCCCUGCCUCAGCAGCUGCCACAGAUGCAUCAUGCACAGCACCACCAGCCACCGCCACAGGCUCAGCAGCCCUCAGUUGCACAGAAUCAACCAUCACAACUCACGCCACAGUCACAGAACCAGCCUUUGGUGUCUCAGGCUCAAGCCCUCCCUGGACAGAUGUUGUACCCUCAACAGCAGCUGAAAUUUGUGCGAGCUCCGAUGGUGGUCCAGCAACCGCAGGUGCAGCCGCAAGUGCAGCCCCAGGUACAGCCCCAGGUACAGCAGCAGGCAGCUGUGCAGACAGCUCAGACUACCCAGAUGGUGGCUCCUGGAGUCCAGAUGAUUGCUGAAGCCUUGGCCCAAGGCGGGAUGCACGUAAGAGCCCGGUUCCCACCCGCUUCUGCCAUGUCUGCCGUCCAGUCGAGCUCCAUCCCUUUGGGCGGACAGCCCACAGCACAGGUCAGCCAGAGCAGCCUCACUAUGCUGUCCUCACCAUCGCCGGGCCAGCAGGUGCAGACCCCACAGUCGAUGCCUCCCCCUCCCCAACCAUCUCCACAGCCCGGCUCACAGCCCAAUUCCAAUGUCAGCUCCGGCCCUGCUCCAUCCCCCAGCAGCUUCCUGCCCAGCCCCUCACCACAGCCCUCCCAGAGCCCAGUGACAGCUCGCACCCCACAGAACUUCAGUGUGCCCUCCCCUGGACCUUUAAAUACCCCUGUGAACCCCAGCUCCGUCAUGAGCCCAGCAGGCUCCAGCCAGGCAGAGGAACAACAAUACCUGGACAAGCUGAAGCAACUUUCCAAGUAUAUUGAGCCCCUGCGCCGGAUGAUCAACAAGAUUGACAAGAAUGAAGACAGGAAAAAGGACCUGAGUAAGAUGAAGAGCCUUCUGGACAUUCUGACUGACCCCUCUAAGAGGUGUCCCUUGAAGACCCUGCAGAAGUGUGAGAUUGCCCUGGAAAAACUCAAGAAUGACAUGGCGGUGCCCACGCCCCCACCACCCCCAGUGCUACCAACAAAGCAGCAGGAUCUAUGCCAACCACUCCUGGAUGCUGUCCUGGCCAACAUCCGCUCUCCCGUUUUCAACCAUUCCCUGUACCGCACAUUCGUUCCAGCCAUGACAGCCAUCCAUGGCCCACCUAUUACGGCCCCGGUGGUGUGUACGCGGAAGCGCAGGUUUGAGGAGGAUGAUCGGCAGAGCAUCCCCAACGUCCUCCAAGGGGAGGUGGCCAGAUUAGAUCCCAAGUUCCUGGUGAACUUGGACCCUUCUCACUGCAGUAACAACGGCACCGUCCACCUGAUAUGCAAGCUUGACGACAAGGACCUCCCAAGUGUGCCACCACUGGAGCUCAGUGUGCCUGCUGACUACCCUGCCCAGAGCCCACUGUGGAUUGACCGGCAGUGGCAAUAUGAUGCCAACCCCUUUCUGCAGUCAGUGCACCGGUGCAUGACCUCCCGGCUGCUGCAGCUUCCUGACAAGCAUUCAGUCACAGCCUUGCUCAACACCUGGGCACAGAGCAUCCACCAGGCCUGCCUUUCAGCCUCCUAGCCAAGAACUGCGGGGACAGCCAGAAGCCUUGAUGGGGCUGUGGACUCAUGCCUCAUAUUGGAUGUUUCUAGGUGUUGACUUCCUUAAAAAGCCUGGGAUAGGUUAGCUUUCCUGCUUUUCUCUUCUGCCUUGGGACCUGCCAGACAUUUCCCCAUACUUGUACAGUACUGGGCCAGUUGGCUGUGGAGCUGUCUGCAUGGGGAACACUUUCUAGAGAAGAUUCUCCUCACACUUUCCUCCAGGGAAUCAGAUCCCACACUCCUUGGACUGCACUUCCUGUGAUCUCUCCAGGCUCCGUGUCCACUCUGAGCAGCAUGAGGGAGAACUCAGGGUCUUGUCCAUGCAUCUGGUUAGAAUACAUUUUACUCAUAUAUAGGAGAAUGUGGAGGACAUAGGAAAACCUUAAAGUACAAUCUCUGAUCGGUUUGGAUUCAGGCUGUGUCACUUGUGGCAGUUGGGUCAUAUCACAGGGACACUCCUGGAUUAAGGGCACAGGCUCCAUUUUUGAGAGAAGUUUAUCCUGUGGGCAGCAGUGAGUUCCCUACCACCAGCUAGGUGGGUUCUGCUCACACUUCUUGAAGAUCUUAUUCAGCACUGUGAGAGAGCAGUGGCAUCGGAGGAACCUGUCCCUGGUACCCGUGUGCUGCUCUUGGGUAAAGGAUGCCAUGUCCCUCCUGUGAGGGAUGAAAAGGGACCAUUUGGGCAUUGUCCUGAGGACCUGGCAUCAUCAGAGUACCCUAUUCUCUGUGCUGCCCCCAGAGUGGAGGCUCCUUGUGGGAUGCAGCUGUACAUUGCCUCCGUGUGUUGCCUUUCACACUGAGCACCAGCUGGCAGCCCUCUGGUGAUAAUAAUUUCCCCUUUUUAUAUGUGCACUACCCUGUCAUAUGUGGUUCUUAUAAUAAAUUUAUCAUUCCCGUGUUUCUCAUGAGUUAA